CCCCUGCUCACGGGGUGUCCCCCCGCCUGUCCCCUCUCUGCUGUCACCCCCUGCUCACGGGGUGUCCCCUCCCCGUUCUCUCUCUGCUGUCACCCCCUGCUCACGGGGUGUCCCUCGCCUGUCCCCUCUCUGCUGUCACCCCCUGCUCGCGGGGUGUCCCCCCCCCCGCCUGUCCCCUCUCUGCUGUCACCCCCUGCUCGCGGGGUGUCCCCCCCGGGCCGCCCCCGCCAUGCUCUUCUGGCACGGUCAGCCCGACCACUGCUGGUCCGGCCCCGGGGACGCGUUCCCCCUGCCCAGCUCCGGGCUGCUCAGGGACCCCCCCGUCCUGCCCUGCCUGAAGCAGGAGGAGCCCGGCGGCGUCUCCACGUCGCAGCCGCCGGUGCCGGCGUUCCAGUACGCGCUGUGCGCCCCGACCUCGCCGGCCGUGCGGCACCACGAGGAGACCCUCACCUACCUGAACCAGGGGCAAUCCUACGAGAUCCGCAUGAUGGGAACGCCGCGGGGGGACCCGGCCGAGGCCCCGAGGAUGGUGAAGAGCGUGGUCCGGGUGGUUUUCCACGACCGGCGGCUCCAGUACUCGGAGCAGCAGCAGCUCGAGGGCUGGCGCUGGAGCCGCCCGGGAGAUCGGAUCCUGGACAUCGACAUCCCGCUCUCCGUCGGGAUCCUGGAACCCCAAAUCCACCCCACGCUGCUCAACACGGUGGAGUUCCUCUGGGACCCCUCCAGACGCACAUCCGUGUUCGUGCAGGUUCACUGCAUCAGCACCGAGUUCACGCUGCGGAAGAACGGCGGGGAGAAGGGGGUCCCCUUCCGCAUCCAGAUCGACACCUUCGGGGCGGGGGGCAAGGGGGACCCCCCCGAGCACCUGCACUCCGCCAGCUGCCUGGUCAAGGUGUUCAAGCCCAAGGGAGCCGAUCGGAAGCAGAAGACGGACCGGGAGAAGGUGGAGAAGCAGCCGGCGGCGGAGCGGGAGAAAUUCCAGCCGGCCUACGAGAGCACCGUGCUGGCCGAGUGCCCCCCGUGGCCGGACGCGCUGGGUGCCCCCCACAGCCCCCCGGGCACCCCGGGGCUGCCGUCCCCGCACCCCUUCAAGCUGCUGAGCCCCGAGAGGGUGUGCGCGUCACCCACCUGCGCCGCCGAGGGUCCCGCGGAGAAUCCCGGCGAGGCGCUGAGCCCCUGCGCAUCCCCGCUGGAGACGCAGCAGUGGCUGCUCCGCCGCCGCUUCUCCUCCUGCGCCCGCGUCUUCGCCAACUUCACCGGCGCCGAUCUGCUGAAGCUCUCCCGCAGGGAUCUGAUCCAGAUCUGCGGAGCCCCCGACGGCAUCCGCCUCUGCCACGCCCUGGCGGGCAGGUGCCCGCGGCCCCGGCUGACCCUGUACGUGGCGCGGGAGCCCGGCGGGGCUGAGGGUGAGGAGGAUGCGGGAUCAGGGCCGUACCAGGAGCUGCACCUGCAGCAGCUGACCGCGGCCGAGCUCAGCGGGAAGUUGGCGGAGCUGCUGGGGCUGCCCCCGGCGCGGAUCCUGCGGCUCUCCCGGCAGGGACCCGCGGGCAUCCACGUCCUGGUCAGCGACGCGAUGAUCAGGAACCUCCAGGACGAGACGAGUUUCGUGGUGGCGAUGGCCAAAGCCCCCGGCCCCGACGGCUUCCAGCUGCUGCUGCGGUAGGACCCGGCCCCGGAGCUGCGGCAGCCUGCGAAGGGACAUCUCUGCUGUCCCCGGAGCCCCCGCCGUGUCCCUGCCCUCCCCUCGCGUCCCCGCGCCCGCCGCGGAUCCUUCCCCGUGUCCCCGCCGCUUUGCAUUAAAGGACGGCGGAGCGGCCCCGAGCCUCGUCCCUGCGGUGCCCGCUGGGGUUUGGGGUCCCCACGUGGAUUUGGGGUGCGGGGGUUGUCCCUCGUGCCCGGGACAGGGCACAGCCGGGCAGGACGGGUCCGGCCCCGCGGGCACCGAGCCCGGCGCCGCCUCAUUCCGGUGGGGAAUUUUUAACACCGAAUCGUUCCCUGAGCCCCGCUGGGGCAGAGCCGGCGGAGCGGGACCGGGACGUCCUUGGGAGGGAGCUCCUGGGGCAAAGGACGCGUUUGGGAUAAACAAACCGGGAGCGGGAGAGAAAGGGGGGAACCGGGAGGAGCUGGGACAGACCCGGGCCGCGGCCGGCGUCACAGACACGGGGACAAGGGGAGGACACGGGGCCCUGGAGCCAUCGCUGGAGGGGACAAGGGACACCCCCGACCCUCCCAAAAACACUCCACGGGGAUCCAAAGCUCGAUCCCAGCUGCCCUUUCCCGGCCCACGGUGUCACGGAGAGCGGGGUCACUUCAGCAUCCGCACCCGCUCCCAGUUCACGGCACCGUCACACCCGCAGCGCCCUGACGAGCGCAGAACGCAGCGUUUGAACAGCUCCCAGCUCCCUGUGUCCCCCAGACCCAGGGGGAGCACAGGGUCCAGCUCCUGUGUCCCUCAGAGCGAGUUAAAACGUGACAAACGCCCCGAGGGAGCGAGCGCGGCCCCGGCUCCUGCAGCGGGACGGGGCCGGGAUGGGAAUGGGGGGGAGGCAAGAGAGGAGGGGUCGCAGCCCCUGGGGACCCCCGGGCGGGCUCAGCUGCACCUUGGGGGACAGAGGAUGAAGCACAAAGAGCCCCGGGUGCGGCAGUGCCGGCAUUCCCAGCCCGGCUGGAUUCCCUCAUCCCUUCAAAACCCGAGCCCGAGCUCCACGCGAGGUCACUCAGAGCCCCGGGGCAGUGACAGGGACAAGGAGCUGGCGGGACGCUGCUGUCCCCGCUGGGGGCACUCCCGGGAUGGGCCCUUGGAAGGAGAACAAAGGGCUGGGAAGGCGCGGGCUGAGCGCAGGAUUGAGGAAAAGUGGCUUCGUCUCGAUUUUCUCCAUUUUUGCAGCUUC